UAGAAGAUUGGAAGAAGAACAUCAAACAGAAUACUAUACCUUGGAUGCUAAAAUCUUUGAAGUCAACGUCACAAAGCUCAUAAACAGUUGUCAUAACUCCACCUUUUCUUAAUAUUGACCCAAACAUGGUUGCACAAAUUAUGGCUUGCUUGUAAUUAACAUUUGCUUCUGUAUCCCCGCGAUGAAAGUAUUUAACGAAGGACUGGGAGCAGCUACGUUACGGCAUGCCUUAAUUUCACAGUUUUUUCACUUUCAUAGUUUACUCCUCCUUUUUUACCCCUCAAGCCUUCCACAGCAACAACCUGCAUCGUUUUUCACUCUUCCUCUACCUCUCUUCCCUCGUCGCUACUCUCUUCUCUGUGUUGUUGUCUCUUUCAUCUCUUCUCAAACCCAAACAAAUAAAACCUCCUAACCCACUAAUUCAAGUUGACUCAAGCUUGAAGCUUCUCACCCUCCCCUGAACAACAGUUCGACUCCCAGGCCCAGGCACCCAACGACCAGCAAACCAAGCAGCCCACCAGCCCUGCCCUUUAGCUGCAGAGUUAUGAAAUGAUGGUCAGACAGUCGAUUCAAGAACCAAAUGUUCAAGAGAAACAUAACCAGCAAAAAAAUUGGUAAUUUUAAGUUGCUUACCUUCAAAAUUCAAAUCAAUUACUUUGUUGUGUUGCUUCAUAUUGAUGAUUGAGGCUGAAAUUUUGAAUUUGGGUUUGUGAAUUUGAGCGAUGGGAAUCAAAAAAUUUUCCUUACAUAUUUGGAUUGAAAACGGAAUAGCGGGACUGCUAUUCUCGGUUAUGCCGUUUUCAACGGUCGUUAUGCGCCGCUACGGUUGAGAUUGAAAUUUUCCCAUGGUUGCGGACGGUGGCGUUACCGCAAAAUAGCGGCUUUCAUACCGCUACAGCACCGCUAUUUGAAACCAUCCAGUAUCUUUUCUUUCAUGCAUUCGUUACAGCUGCAUGCAAUUCUUCAGAAUCAACUUCAAAGAUUGCUUCUUACACUUUUCCCCGUAUUGCUAGAUCUGCUGCAGCCCUUAAAGCCAAAACUUCAGCUUUCAGGACAGAAUCCACUGUCUUACCAAAUGCCUCAUCGCUGCUUAAGACAGUGAGAGGGUAAGGAGAGGUACUAGUGCUCUGAAACAGUGUUAUAUUAGGGUACCGUUUGCAUUCAUUCAAAUUUCUAGUAUUUCACAGUGAUGGGCUCUUCCGCCUUAAAGGCCUUAGUAGUCUGCGCUCAAGCUAUUCAAGAUGGGAAUCUGAAACUGGCCGAUUCACUCUUGGAGCUGAUCUGGAAUCUCGCUUCAGAGGAAUCGGAUGAACAACAAAGCAAAGUUGUGAAAUACUUUGCAGAAGCUCUAGUUCGCCGAGUUUGCGGACUCCAUCCUUCCGUUCGUUAUAAUUUGCAGUGGCUUCCAUAUGCUUUUACUUGCCUUACCGGCGAUGCCGUCAACACUGUUGUAACGAGAAAGAAGCGAUUGCACCUCAUUGACUUCAACAUCCCACAUCUAUAUGGAUGGCAACCCUGGGAAUACUUGUUUGGGGCACUAAAUAGCCGUUACGCCGAUCCCCUGUCAGUCCGUGUAAGUGUCAUAUUACCACCAUUUUUGAAAGAAAGUGUAAAUAUACAACAAGAAAAACCGCGUCUCCUUGAAUGGGCUAGGGACAGUAAAGUUGAGUUGGAGGACGACUUGAAAGUGGUUUACGCAAAUAGUUUGGGUGAAAUGGAUGCGUCCAUGUUAGAUUUUAGAAGAUCAGAGGAUGAGGCCGUGGUCGUUUUCUAUAUUUUUAAACUCCAAAUGUUGCUGGUGGAUGCUGGAGCAAUGGAGAGAGAAUUGUUGAAGUUGAGGCAGAUAAACCCAGAGAUUGUGAUGAUAAUGGAGCAGGAUGCUAAUAACAAUGACUUCAAUUUCAUCAAACGGUUGGAAGACUCUUUUCAAUAUUACUCUCAUGCUUUCCGUUUCGAUGGAGAUUCGUACCAGGAAAUGGAGAAUGAUUAUAGGCGACAGAUAAUGAGCAUAGUGGGAUGUGAGGGCAAGGACCGAAUUGUGCGACAUGAGACUUUGGGUCAGUGGCGAUCCCGCUUGCUAACGUAUGGCUUUCUUCCUGUUCCACUCGAGGCGACGUCGAUGCUAGUAUCUGUAUACGACGAAAUCCAUGAGGAAAAUGGGUGUUGGGUUUUUUGUGAGGGGAACCUGCCAAUGUUUUUCAUAUCGGCUUGGAAAGUCAGACAAUGGGAGGACCACUUCAAUCUAAUCAGCGAUAACUUUGUCCAAGGUUUCAAUCCUAUUCCUACAUCAGAGGAUAAAAUACAACCCUUACAACUUUUACGAGAGAGUUUCUCAUUGAAUCGGUUAGCAGCUUUUGCCGAGAUAUAUGACAUGUUAGAUGAUGUGUGUUUUAAAUACAAGCUUACUUUGGCUUUAACAUGGGCUUGUGGGGUUAAUGUUAAGCAAAACCUGGAUGGGAUUACGUCAGAUCCAUACAAGAAAGAUAUUUUAUGCAUUGAAAGUGCUUAUUCUUAUGUGAAUGAUGAGGAGUCUCAACAGUUCAUGAGAAGAUGUGCAAAACAAAAUCAUCUUCUAGGAGGGCAAGCUAUUGUUGGAAAAGCACUUCAAUCAAAUGAGCCCUUCCUUUUUGAAUCAAGUAUUGCUAAGCCUGAGAAAUGUGACAAUCAAUUUGCUAUUGUUGCACGUGAAUUUGGCCCUCAUGCUGCUCUUGCAAUCUGUCUACAAAACCAUUGCAAUGAUGUUUAUGUAGUAGAAUUCUUUUUGCCUCUAACUGAGGGAAAACUUGAGAAACCAGAAUCCAUGGCACUCGAUAUUUUCAAUGACUUGAAAAAUAUGAAGAAAAUGUUUGUAACAUUAAGAGUUCAUGGAACUGAAGUUGGUUUCCAGGAAGAAGCCACUUCAAACAUUCGACAGGUGACAAUGUCUAUGCAAAACCUUUCACCAGCUUCAUCUACCAAUGAUUUUCUAAACUCAAACACAACAAGGCCUUUGAAUACAUUUGAAGCAAGGGAUGGUCAUGUUGAACUGGAAAGACAAGGGUUUAAUGAGCAGGGGACAAUGGCUUCAUGUUCCAACCAAUUGGGUAUGGCUACAAUAGGCUUUUCAUCAGUAUCUAUCCAUGCUUCAUCAGUAGGUGGAAUAUGUCCCUUUAAUGCUCCCAAGCCAGUGGGUUAUGAUGGAGUACUGGAAACACAAGGGACUUGGAAACAGGAAAUCAAGAAAAAGAAUUGCGUUUCUCAGACUAUUUCCAAUGGUAACAAUAAUAUUGUGAAAGUAAAUAAGGUCUGUACAAUCCCACGAACCAAACAGAGAAAGUUGGUAUCUGAUGUUUGGAAGGAUUUCAUUAAGUUCGAAGUAGAUGGAAAACAAUGGGCCAAAUGUAAUCAUUGUCAUAAGAAGUUUACAGGGUCAAGCAAGAGUGGAACCACACACUUGAAAAAUCAUUUGGAAAGAUGUCCAAUUAAGAAAAGUGAAUGUCAGGAAAGGCAGUUGAAAUUUCCAGCUGAAACAGGUGAUUCUACAACUCAAGAUACCAAUGAAAGAAACUCAACCUUUGAUCAAGAAAGGAGUCGCUUGGAUUUGGUGAAAAUGAUUAUUAAGCAUCAAUUUCCAUUGGAUACUGCUGAAUUAGAAUUUUUCAAAAAUUUUGUGAAAAAUUUGCAGCCAAUGUUUGAAUUUCAAUCGCAAGCAAUUAUUUUAUCUGAUAUACAUCGCAUCUAUGAGGUAGAGAAGGAGAAACUUAAGCAAUAUCUUGAUCAGCUUGCUUGUAACUUCAGUUUGACAAUUAGUAUGUGGAAGGACAAUCCUAGAAAGAUUGCAUAUUGUUGUUUGAUAGCACACUUUAUUGACGAUGGUUGGGAAUUAAAGGCGAAGAUAAUUGCCUUCAAAAUUUUGGAGCAUAGCUAUGACACAGGGACUUUAAUUGGAAUCAUUCGAAGCUCAAUUUUAGAAUGGAAUAUGAGCAAGAAAGUAUGUUCCAUAACUGUGGAUAAUUCUUCUUUGAAAGAUGAUCUAGUUCAACAGAUAAAAGAAGCGUGUCUUAGUGACCAAGGCUCACUUCUUUCCAGUCAUUGUUUCAUCAGUUGCAGUCUUAUUCAGGAUGGAUUGCAUGAGAUAGAUGAUAUAGUUUCAAAAAUGAGGAAAUCAAUUGAAUAUAUUAGUGAAACAGCCCAUGGAAAGCUGAAAUUUCAAGAAGCAGUAAAUCAAGUGAAGCUAAAAGUUGGGAAAUCAAGGGAUGAUCUUCCUUUAAGGCUGGAUUCAGACUUUGGCAUACUUGAUUGUGCUUUGGAAUUAAGAGAGAUAUUUUGUCAGAUGGAGCAAAUUGAUGGCAGUUUCAGAGUAAACCCGUCAAUGGAGGAAUGGGAUAAGGCAAUAGCACUGCACAGUUGUUUGAAAGGCUUUUAUGACAUUUUAAGCAGUUUUGAAGGAAUUCAAUCCCUUACUGCAAAUUUGUAUUUUCCCAAGCUCUGUAACAUAUACAAGAAAUUUCUUCAAUUGGAAAAGAGCAGUUAUCCAUUUGUUUCAUCAAUGAAGAGGAAAUUUGACAACUAUUGGAGCUUAUGUAAUUUGGUUUUCACUGUUGCAGUUGUUCUUGACCCGCGAUUAAAAUUUAAGUUUGUGGAAUUUUCAUACAGUGAGAUUUAUGGUCGUGAUAGUAAGAUGCAAUUGAACAAAUUUCACAAAGUUCUUAUGGAAGUUUACCAUGAAUAUGCCGAUGAACCUAGAAUUCUGACCACAUCUGCAUCAGACUUUGGUGAUUUUGGCUGUUCAACAGGACAAAGUACACAGAUUGCUAAUGAUUGUAUUUUGGACUCCUUCAGUAAAUUUGCAUCUGCAGGCAACUUUAAUGAGUUGGCCUCAUGGAAGUCAGAACUUGAUUGCUACUUAGACGAGCCUUUACUUCGCUUGGAUGAAACAUCGUUUGAUAUACUAGUGUCAAUUGUUCCACCAUGUUCGGAUCUCAGUGCCGUGAUCACAAAUCCAGCCUACAGUAGCUUGAAUCCUGAAAGCCUGGAAGCUUUGGCAUGCAGCCAGAACUGGUUGGAAAUGUCAAAAGGAAGUGGCAGAGCAAAUCAUGUACCACAGCAAAAUAUGGCAAAAAGGAAGAUGGAGGAGAAAGAGACUCAUGCGUUAAAGAACUUUCAGCGAGAAGGGAUGGCACCAUUAAAAUCAUCAGAGCCUAAUCAUGGAAGAAACAUUAGUGGCUUAAUUGAAAUUCCAAAUGGUGGCCCAUCCUCUGACAAUGAGUCAGAGUUUCAGUGCUUCUCUUCUGAGUCUGAUGGUGAAGUAGCCUGGAGGGAGCAUGGUGAAUGGCAUGAAGAGGAUAUUCGAGCAUAUUUAAUCUCGGACUUCACAGAGAAGGAGAGCAAAAGACUAAAAAGAUGGCAAAGUCAUGAGAUGAGUGGAAAAUUGAUUGGACGAGAUAAGGAGUUUGGUGUGCUGGAUUACAAAUUAGCAUGUUUACUCAUUGUUCCCCAUGGCGAUGAAACUCGAACAGACUACUAUAUUAAUGAUUUGGUUGUUAAUACUUUUUUCAAAUUGCUUAAGAAGAGGUCUGAUAGAUUUCCAAAGGCAUAUAUCAACCACUUUUCAUUUGACUCUCAAAUAGCUACUUAUUUGAUUGAAGGAACCAGAUCAAAACAUGAAGUACUAGCUUGGUUUAAAUUUGAUCAGAAGCUAACAGGUGUAGAAAAGUUAUUUCUACCAUUGUGUUUAUCUCAACAUUGGAUUCUAUUCUAUGUUGAUGUCAAGAAGCAGAGAUUUUCAUGGUUGGAUUCAAUCGAAUCUUCACGAAUGUUACAUGUUGUUGAAAAAGAAGCAAUCUUAGGGUGGUUCAAAAGAUUUCUACUGCCAACGUUAGGCUAUAAUAAUGCAAACAAAUGGCCAUUUGAAUUGCGUUACGAUAUUCCUGUGCAAGAGAAUCUAGUUGAUUGUGGCCUAUUCGUGAUGAAGUAUGCUGAUUGCCUUACGCAUGGUGAUGUCUUCCCUUUUACACAACAAGACAUGGCACACUUUCGACGUCGCACCUUUCUUGAUAUAUACAAGGGAAGAUUGCAUUGCCAAAAGUAAGCAAGAUUGUUAAUUGCCUGGAGUUCAUCAAAGGAAGUGUUAGAAAAAAGUCUCAACUCCGAAGGAAAAUUAUAUUCAUCCUAUGCUCACUAUUAUUUUUAUAAAAUCAACAUUGAAUAUCAUGAAGAAUAAAUUAUAAACAACUCAAUUACCAUUUAUUUUUACUUUGUUUCUCUAGCUAGCGAAGAUGUGGCAUUAGGACACAGUUACCAGUAAAAUG